CGUGGUGGCGGAUGGCCCUCUCGGGAGGCAGGGGCCGCUGCGCGGCGGCGCCCGGGCGGGAUGCGGCGGUCAGAGGAGCUGGUGCCGCCGGCGGGCAGCGGCUCGCCGAGCUGCCCUGACCUGCUGCGGAACGUAGGCGGCCCGCACUCGCCGCUGUACUAUAGCUUCUUCGAGGAGGAAUGCCGCGCCAUCGCCACCCGCCUGCUCGUGGGCGCCACCGUCGCGGCAGAGCCUUCGCAGAGCCCGGGGGAGGCCAGCGUCCUGGGGCUCGGUGCCGCCGCGCCCGCCACCUCUACGCCGCUGCGCGCCUCGCCGCCCCUCGAUGAGGGGGCCCCGGCCAGCGCCCCGAGCGCGGAUGCCAGUGAGGCCGGGGCGGCCUGCGAGGAGCCGCCGUGCCUCCCGCAGCCCAGGCCCGGCCCGGCCCGGCCCCGCAGAGCAGCACGGCGCGGGGCCGGGCAGUCCCCCUGCGCGCCGCGCCCCGCCGGCCGCCCCCCCGUCCGCUCCCAGGGCCGCGGCGGCGCGAGGGUCUCGGUCUCCCGGGGCUCUCUAGCUCUGGAGCUCCCGAAGGCCGGCAAGGGGCUCGGUGCCCCGGAAACGCGGCUCCCCCAGCCCUCGGGUGAGCCGGGCCGCGGGCGGCUGCCCCGGGCGGCCGCUGCCCCGCGCUGCGCACCCCUCUCUCCUGCAGGUACCAGGCCGAAGCUGGCGUCGGCUGCCAAGUCCAGGCUUCGGUGUCCCGGCUGGGCCUCGCAGCUGGCGCAGCGAGCCGCCCUUCCCAAAGCCGCCCGCUGUGCCGCGGACACGGAAACUGCUGUCAAGGUUGAGGGUCGCAGACAGCCCUCCCAGAGGCUCGCUACAGCAAUUCCUACUGUGGCUUCUCAUGCCCGACUGCGGACACUGGGAAAAGAGGCUUCCCCCAAGUGCUCUUGCCUUGAUAAGGGAUCAACUACCCAGGAGCUCAUAUGCAAUAGGACCCAAGAGCUGGAGGAAAACGGUAAGGUUGACCAGACGUGGGUGUGUGUGGAGUCCUCUUUAUUCAGUGAAUUGGCCCCUGGCCCGACCUCAGGGUGUGGAGAUGCAGCCCCUGCUGAGCAGUCUGCAGGUGAUCAGCUGUCCCAGGAGCUGAAGCGUGUAAAGAAUGAGUUGGAACAAGUGAAGGGUGAGCUUGCUGACAAGACUGCCCAGUGUGAAGCCUAUUGCCGGACGAUCUCCUCCUUGCAGGCUCAGCUCAGAGCAGCGGGAAUCUGUCUGGAAGACGCAGCAGUGGAGGAGUGUGGUGACUCAGGGAGAGACUGACAGCUGGCACAUGGGGACAGACUUGAAACAGCCAGUUGUCCAGCUGCCUGAGCUGCUGAGCCAGUGAUGUAUGUAGAGCUCUUGAAUGAAUUGAGUUUUUUAAUUCAUUCUAUUUAAAAUAAAGGUGUCUUUUCUCA